UCAAUAAUUUGUUUGAUGAUGCUGGGGUUUCGAACCCUAUGCCUGUGUCUAGCACACCUAUGCCGGAAUAUGGGGGUAUGGUGUAUGAUAAUUCUGGUGCAAAUGUACAAACUGGUAUUCAGGGUGGACAAAUGAUGUCUGAACCUACACGUUUUAGGAAAUCUAUUAUUCCGCAACCAUAUGAUGGUAGUAGUGAUUUUAUGCAAUAUUUACUCCAGUUUGAGAGAGUGGUAUCUUGGAAUAGGUGGACUGAGUGGGAGGCUACCCAGCAGUUGUUGAUGGUAUUGAGGGGUCCAGCUCAGAGUGUAUUAGGAGACAUAUCCCUUCAGCAGUCACGUGACUAUUGUCAGUUGCGUAACUUUCUUAAGGAAAGGUUUGCUCCCUCUGGGAGAGAGGUGGCGUAUAAGUGUCAAUUUAAGUCACGAGUGAGGCAUGAGGGCGAGUUUUUAGAGAAGUACAGCUAUGAGUUACGCCGGCUGGCGAAACUGGCCUUUCCAUUAUUAUCAUCUCGGGGUAGGGAGGCGAGUCAGGUUGAUCAAUUUGUUGCUGGACUUAGUAACUUUGACCUUCAGAAACAUGUUCAAUUUCAACAUCCUAUUUCAUUAGAGGCUGCAGUCACCGCGGCAAUUGAGUUUGAGGCUUUUGAAAAGGAGCAAGGGGUUGUAAGGAAACCUAGAAUUUAUCCUAUGACUAGUGAGUCUGAGCAGUCUGCUGCAGUUGGGUCUAAUACUAAGGAUAUAGCCACUUUAUUGUUGGAGGGCUUUGAUAAAUUAGGCAAGCAGUUGGCAGUCUCAUAG